CACCGCGCUGGGAACCACAGAUUUCGGUGCUAUGCGAGGCCGGACAGACGUACCAUCCGCAGUUCUUGUCGGAGGAAGGUCGAUGGACAACGGACUUGAGCAUCAAGGUCCCCGGCACGACAUGUCUCCGUGACAAGAUGGAUCUGCUGGACUACUGCAAGAAGGUGUACCCAGGACGAGACAUAACAAACAUUGUGGAGUCUUCACACUACCAAAAGAUCGGUGGUUGGUGCCGUCAGGGUGCCCUGAAUGCAGCCAAGUGCAAAGGAGCUCAGCGGUGGAUUAAACCGUUCCGGUGUCUCGAGGGACCUUUCCAGUCGGAUGCGCUGCUCGUACCGGAAGGAUGCCUGUUCGAUCACAUUCACAACGCGUCCCGCUGCUGGCCUUUCGUCAGGUGGAACCAAACCGGAGCGGCCGCCUGCCAGGAUCGCAACAUGCAGAUGCGUAGCUUCGCCAUGCUGCUGCCCUGCGGCAUUUCACUUUUCUCCGGCGUGGAGUUUGUCUGCUGUCCAAAACACUUCAAAGCCGUGCCGAUGAAGGUGAAGAAAACCGAUCUGCCAGUGCUGCCACAGGACACGGACAUGCUGCCUGCUCUCGACGAUGGUUCGGAUGGUGUCUCCGACAACAACUCCGAGGACGACGAGGACGAUGACGAUAUGGACGAUGAGGAGGACGAAGAGAUGCUGGGAGACGAACCGAUCGAAAGCGACGAUGACGAGUAUGAUUCGGAUGAAGAUUUUGAUUCCGGCAGUGACAAACCGUCCGGCGCCGAUACGAUCGACACAGGAUCGGCCGCAUGGGACAGUUUCACCACACCGCCACCAGCAACGGCCGGCAAGGAAGCGCUCAAGAAGCAGCAGGCAGCCGACAUCGGUGGACCCAUCGGCGGUAUGCUGUACGCGGGUGGAUAUGCCGCUAGCUCGACGGAAAAAUCGGGUACCAUCGAUCUGGUUACCACGCCGAUAACGGCCAUCCCGACACCGGACCCAUACUUUACGCACUUCGAUCCGCGCAACGAGCACCAGAGCUUCAAGAAUUUGCACGCCGAAUUUCAGGAAGCCCAGCAGCGGCUCGAGGAGAGCCACCGCGAGAAGGUGACGCGCGUCAUGAAGGAUUGGUCGGAUCUGGAGGAAAAGUACCAGGACAUGCGACUGGCCGAUCCAAAGUCGGCGCAAACGUUCAAGCAACGGAUGACGGCCCGGUUUCAGACUUCUGUGCAGGCACUGGAAGAGGAAGGCAACUCCGAAAAGCAUCAGCUGGCGGCCAUGCAUCAGCAGCGCGUCCUCGCCCACAUCAACCAGCGCAAACGAGAGGCCAUGACCUGCUACACCCAAGCCCUCACGGAGCAACCGCCAAGCUCUCAUCGGGUGGAGAAAUGUUUGCAGAAGCUGCUACGUGCCCUUCACAAGGAUCGUGCCCAUGCUUUAUCACACUAUCGGCAUCUGCUUGGUUCGGGUGGUACCGGAGGGCUGGAAGCGGCUGCAUCCGAGCGUCCCCGCACGCUGGAGCGUCUGGUCGACAUUGACCGGGCCGUGAAUCAAUCGAUGGCGAUGCUCAAGCGCUACCCCGAACUAUCGGUAAAGUUGUCUCAGCUGAUGGACGAUUACAUUCAGGCACUGCGCUCCAAGGACGAAACGCCCGGUUCGAUGCUGGCCAUGACGGAGGAGGCGGAGGCAGCCAUCCUCGACAAGUACCGCAUGGAGAUUGAGCGCAAGGUCAGCGAGAAGGAGCGUCAACGGUUGGCCGAAAAGCAACGGAAGGAACAGCGGGCUCAGGAGCGAGAGAAGAUUCGCGAAGAGAAGCUGCGCCUGGAGGCUAAAAAGAUGGAAGCAGCUUACAAGCAGCAGCAGCAGCAACAACAACAGCAACAACAGCAACAGCAGCAGCAACAGCAACAACAAAAGCAACAACAGGCUCAACAGCAGCAGCAGCAGCAGCAACAACAGCAGCAGCAAGCUCAAAUGAUUGCUGCCACAUUUGCGUCAUCGCAACAGCAACAAUCGAUGCAAACCCAGCAACCGACGCUCUCGGACCAGCCACAAACCCAGAAGCAGCAGCCGGACAUGGAAACUCAAAAGGAAACCGACACUACGAAGGAUUACUCCGAGGAGGCGGCCGUGACGAGCCCACAGCCGACGGCACUGCCGACCGUGGACGAUGAUGCGGUACAGCGCGCCGUAGAGGAGGUAGCGGCUGCCGUCGCCCAUCAGGAAGCUGAACCAAAGAUGCAACACGUUCUGGCCCACGACAUUGGCCACGGUGAACCGAGCUACUCAGUUCGACGCGAAGUCUACAGCUCCAGUGGACGCGAUAGCAAGAACGUAUACUUCACGGUAGGAUUCGCAGGCGUUGCCCUGAUGGCCGCAGUAUUCGUUGGUGUCGCUGUUGCCAAAUGGAAAGCUUCCCGAUCACCUCAUGCUCAAGGAUUCGUCGAGGUCGAUCAGGCGGUUGGCGCUCCGGUAACACCCGAGGAACGACAUGUGGCCAACAUGCAGAUCAAUGGGUACGAGAAUCCAACCUACAAGUAUUUCGAGAUCAAGGAAUAAGUUCCAAGGCCAGGAAAAAAACAACAUCCUAGCCGGUCA